CGUUCUGUUGGGUCACACAAUUGAAAAAUAUUACAAUAGACUCUAUUAUAAGUACUCCAUUGUAAUCCUCGGACACCUGCUCCCAUCCCAGACUUCCUACCUGCUUACGUCGAAUUUAUUCACUAUUACAUAAACGAAUAUUUAACUGCGUCAGUCGGUGUUUCAAUUAACGUCAACCGAAAACGUAAUUAAUUUUUCUAAAUAAAAGACAACUACGAUUUUAUACAUUUUAUUAAUAAUUCUUAGUCUUAGUUGACAGCAGUUCGGUUUGAACAAUUAAUAACCCUGAAUACAGCUGAUAAUACGUUACGAUUACGUCGUCUGACUUCGUCACAAAGAUAGCGGGUUUAUUUAUCCAAUUUCAGAUGUGCUAACAUGAGUUGAGAAAUCGCGAUGCGAACGAACGCAAUAAAAAGUUGAUAACGGUGAUCGAUAGAACUGGUUUUCGCGGCUGUUUUUACAGCUCCCUACUUUCUAUCAGUAUUCUGCAGCUCUCGAAUCGGAGCAUUGAUUCUGAUCUACAGUGAGAGUCCCUCGACAUAUUUUCGCAGCCUCAGCUAGUUGUAAGCAAAAUGACCCGACUUUAAAUGCCUACAGUAUUUAAUUUCAAGCUAACUAGAAUGAUUACAUGACACAAACCGACACCAUAUAACUGCACACAUCAUGGAGAAUCAGGUGCCACUGGACGAUAAUGGGCGCAGGAAAUACCGAAAGUACUUCAAGUGGAUAAAUGACGUAUCGGUAGAGCCGACGAUGUGGAUGUACAUGAUGGCAUUCAUGAUAACGUCGGUGGUCGAGCAAGCCUUUUUCGUCUACAAAGCUUGCAGGGUGGACCAUGGACUCUCAGAGGAGACAUGCUCGAAGCUGAACGACAACCAAACCCUAAAAGCCGAAGUACAGGUUACGGUCUCGGAGUUCCAUCAAUGGAACAACAUAGCAGGCCACGUGGUCCCUAUAAUUUUGGCUUUAUUCUUUGGCAACUGGAGCGACCGUCGUGGACGAAAAUUGCCGCUGGUCAUCGGCCUCUUAGGGAAGUUCAUUUAUUCGUUCAUGAUCAUUAUCAAUUGCAUGAUGGAGACGUGGAGUUUGAACACCGUCGUCUACACCGCGAGUUUGCCGAUGGGGAUGCUGGGUGGAGACGUCGCUGUCUUCGGCAGCUGCUUCGCAUACAUAUCAGACAUAUCUUCCGUUAAACAGAGAACUCUGCGGAUCACGAUUUUAGAUGUGGCAUACCUCAGCACCAUGCCUACAGGCAUUGCGUUGGGCUCUUAUCUGUUCACGAACGUAGUACGGUCAUCAUAUACCGUGAUGUUCAUCAUAAACGCAACUCUGCUAGCCUUCGCAAUUUUCUAUUCGUUAAUUCGAUUGAAAUGGCAGACGUUGCCUCAACAGCAGCCAUUAGGUGAUGCCAAUUUGUUGACUGACUUUUUCGACAAGAAACACGUGAUCGCUACUACAAGGACAUUGACCAGGAGCAGACCUAACCAUGGGAAGCUCCACCUAUGGCUAUUACUGUUGAUCAUGAUGUUGUACACUUUUCAACGGGACGAGAAGCCUAUGAGCUAUUUGUACACGCAGCUGAAGUUCAAGUGGGACGUCAGCAAGUUCAGCACGUUCAGAACAUUCCAGUCCAUCACUUUCGUACUAGCGAUGUUAGUCGGCGUGCCAAUAAUGAGUAAAGUCAUGCGGAUCAGAGACACGAUAAUUGUGGCAGUUGGGGCGAUCGCGCACGCUUCCGGGAGGGUCGUAUUCGCGCUGGCCAAAGUUCCACAGUUGUUUUACGUCGGUGCUGGUGUCGCUGCGCUAGGGCCAAUAGUGGCACCUGUUCUCAGGUCGAUGACCUCGAAGCACGUAUCUGAAGAGGAAAGAGGUAAAGUGUUCGCCAUGUUGUCGGUCUGUGAUAAUGCAGUACCUCUUUUCAGUGGUAUAUUGUAUUCCCAAUUGUACAAUGCGACCAUAAACGUGGCUCCCAGCUCAAUUUACUGGUUAACGUUCGCUACUCAAGUCUUCGUCUUAAUUUUUAUACUGUACGUAUUGAAUUAAAGCAGACGAGAUAUACGAGUAGAUCUUAUAGACUUCUGUGACUCACGUUCGAUUAACAUAAUCGAUACGAGGAAAUUAACGCUUAUUGCGAUAUUAUAAAUUGUUUAUUUUGCAUAAAGAUCUAGCAUAGAUCUAUCAUAGAUCAUAGAUCUAGAUCUGCAUA